GAAUGCGAGCGCCUGGAGCCGGGGCGCAGGCGCAGAGGAGGGCGGCUUUGAGGCCGGCGGAGCGGCGGCAUCCCCUAGGUGGCGGAGGGACGCUCCGGGGAAGCGAGGGGCGCCCGGAGCUCUGGCCCACGUGACCUGCCGGGGGCGGGAGCAGGGGGCUGCCUGGGGGAGGGGCGUGACCACCCGCCUGUCGCCCGAGGCGGCCGCUGCUGCAGCCUUGCCGCGCACCAGGAACCCGGCUCGCCGGAGAAAUGUUGCUGAAGUGCUGCUGAAAGGGCCAGAGAUGCAAGAAUUUGGGACACAUUUUGAACCUUUAAAGCUGUCUGACAUUGACCUCCUUUCAUUAUUAAUAAAGAAGAAACAGGAACUUAGGAUGUAUUAACACCAACUCAUUAAUAUACUAACCGGACAGUGUUCUGCAAACAAUUCUGCAUUGUAAAUGACUGGAUUGGCACAAAAUAAAAUUAUUUCAUUCAGCUUAUAAUAUGCCUCAAUGGAGGAAAAUUUGAUAAGCAUGAGGGAAGACCAUUCUUUUCAUGUUCGUUACAGAAUGGAAGCGUCUUGCCUAGAGCUGGCCUUGGAAGGGGAACGUCUAUGUAAAUCAGGAGACUGCCGAGCUGGCGUGUCAUUCUUUGAAGCUGCAGUUCAAGUUGGAACUGAAGACCUAAAAACACUUAGUGCUAUUUACAGCCAGCUGGGCAAUGCUUAUUUCUAUUUGCAUGAUUAUGCCAAAGCAUUAGAAUAUCACCAUCAUGAUUUAACUCUUGCAAGGACUAUUGGAGACCAGUUGGGGGAAGCCAAAGCUAGUGGUAAUCUGGGAAACACGUUAAAAGUUCUUGGGAAUUUUGAUGAAGCCAUAGUUUGUUGUCAGCGACACCUAGAUAUUUCCAGAGAGCUUAAUGACAAGGUGGGAGAAGCAAGAGCACUUUACAAUCUUGGAAAUGUGUAUCAUGCCAAAGGGAAAAGCUUUGGUUGCCCUGGUCCCCAGGACGUAGGAGAAUUUCCAGAAGAAGUGAGAAAUGCUCUUCAGGCAGCCGUGGAUUUUUAUGAGGAAAACCUAUCACUAGUGACUGCUUUGGGUGACCGAGCAGCACAAGGACGUGCCUUUGGAAAUCUUGGAAACACACAUUACCUCCUUGGCAACUUCAGGGAUGCAGUUAUAGCCCAUGAGCAGCGUCUGCUUAUUGCAAAAGAAUUUGGAGAUAAAGCAGCUGAAAGAAGAGCAUAUAGCAACCUUGGAAAUGCAUAUAUAUUUCUUGGUGAAUUUGAAACUGCCUCUGAAUACUACAGGAAGACACUACUGUUGGCUCGACAGCUUAAAGACCGAGCUGUAGAAGCACAGUCUUGUUACAGUCUUGGAAAUACAUAUACUUUACUUCAAGACUAUGAAAAGGCCAUUGAUUAUCAUCUGAAGCACUUAGCAAUUGCUCAAGAGCUGAAUGAUAGAAUUGGCGAAGGAAGAGCAUGUUGGAGCUUAGGAAAUGCAUACACAGCACUAGGAAAUCAUGACCAAGCAAUGCAUUUUGCUGAAAAGCACUUGGAAAUUUCAAGAGAGGUUGGGGAUAAAAGUGGUGAACUAACAGCACGACUGAAUCUCUCAGAUCUUCAAAUGGUUCUUGGUCUGAGCUACAGCACAAAUAACUCCAUAAUGUCUGAAAAUAAUGAAAUUGAUAGCAGUUUAAACGGUAAGAACAUACUAAUAAGUAGCAAAAAUAAUCUAUCUUCUGCCUACCUGUGUACUGGUACUAGCAGUGUUAUGCAAGAAGCUGACCAGGUACAGAACUGGAACAGUGAAAUUCUUGCUAAGCAAAAACCUCUUAUUGCCAAACCUUCUGCAAAGCUACUCUUUGUCAACAGACUGAAGGGGAAAAAAUACAAAACUAAUUCCUCCACUAAAGUUCUCCAAGAUGCCAGUAAUUCUAUUGACCAUCGAAUUCCAAAUUCUCAGAGGAAAAUCAGUGCAGAUACUAUUGGCGAUGAAGGGUUCUUUGACUUAUUAAGCCGAUUUCAAAGCAAUAGGAUGGAUGAUCAGAGAUGCUGUUUACAAGAAAAGAACUGCCAUCCAGCUUCAACAGCAACUUCUACUCCCCUCAAAAUGAUGCUAAAAACACCAUCUGUUCCUGUGGUAUCCCCCAACACGGAUGAGUUUUUGGACCUUCUUGCCAGCUCACAGAGCCGCCGUCUGGAUGACCAGAGGGCCAGUUUCAAUAAUUUGCCAGGGCUUCGUCUAACACAAAACAACAGCCAGUCAGUACUUAGCCACCUGAUGACUAAUGACAACAAAGAUGCUGAUGAAGAUUUCUUUGACAUCCUUGUAAAAUGUCAAGGAUCCAGGUUAGAUGAUCAAAGAUGUACUCCACCACCUGCUACCACAAAGGGUCCGACAGUACCAGAUGACGACUUUUUCAGCCUUAUUUUACGAUCUCAGGCAAAAAGAAUGGAUGAACAGAGAGUUCUUUUACAAAGAGAUCAAAACAGAGACACUGACUUUGGGCUAAAGGACUUUUUGCAAAGUAAUGCUUUGUUGGAGUUUAAAAAUUCAGAGAAAAAAUCAGCAGAUCACUAGUUACUAUGGAUAUAUUUUUUUCCUUUCAGAAUACGGUAAGGAAACAAUCUAUUACUUUUUUCCUUAAAAGAAGAAUUUAUAGCACUGUAAUACAGCUUAAAAUAUUUUUAGAAUAAUGUAAAUAGUUAACCUUCAGUAGUCUAUUAUUAAGGCUUUAAUACUUCUCUGGACACUCACGUGUUUCAAGGUGGAGGUGUCCUGUAAGGUGCUUCAUCAUCUGUGAUUACUACUUGGGAUGUGUUCUUUGGCAGCUUGUUAGAUUACUUUACCUAGUGUUUGUAAAGUAGGUUAAAUGAAUCAUAGAUUAGAAUUUAAUCCUCUUAUGGAAGUUAAGUUUUUAAAAUCUUAAUUGACAAUGGCAUUUUUUUAUACAUAACCAUGGAUGUAGUGGGAAACAAUGCUGUUUAGUAAAAAUAAUGUACUUGACCAAUGUAAAAAAGUAUAUAAAACAGUCUUAUUAAAGAGCUAGGUUUUUUUUUUCUCCAUGAAAA